AUGUCGUCCGUUCUAAUAACAUCUAUCGUCCUGGCCGUAUGCCUUGUCCUGAUUCUGAUAUGGAGCAACAGGCGCGAAACCAAUUUCGCAUCGAAUGACCCAGCGAUAUGCCGCAGAAUCAUUGCCGGCGUGUUGAAACACAAAGACCAACCGAAUAACCUAUCACCACACCAAGCGAAAGCAAUUUCCAACAAACAUCUCCCAGUCGCCUUCGGAAUCGACAACGCCUUCACCCGAACAGAGCGUGCGCAUGCCGACAUGUUCGUCGAGAAAGUGAAACGGCUGAUCAAUAUAUCGACGGAGCAGUGGUACGGCGUAUCCGAGUUCGCUAGAGUCACUACCAGCCACUGGAUCGAGCAUGGCUUCCCCGGGAUGAAUCAUAGCUGCGGCAACAGCGGUCACAAAGGAAAGAAUGAUGUGAAGUUCACCACCGGCCGUAAUCGGAUCAACGUCGCCAGUCUAGCACAAAUACUUUCAUUGAAAGUUGUGCUAUGGCUGAUGUUCGACAAAAAGACUCAAGACGAAACAGGCCACGAGAAUCUACUGAACCUAGCGGAGUCCAUCAAUCGAGUUUGGAUAUCUUCCAAGCUGAAAGCCACGGAGAACGAUAUUCCCAGAUACGAAGACGACGUGUUGCUUCAAACGUCGCUGGUCAAUAUCUUCGGGCAACACGAUCGCCCAGAAGACAACCCAUUGAAUCUCAUCCUGCCUUCAUUUGAGACGAUGUGGCGCAUCGUCUUGCGAGGAUUCCUAGAGACCAGAUUCGCGUCUGGAAAAGAAGAACCUUUGUGGCGGGAGACAAUGAUUGCAUUUGCCAUGAAUCCCACAAAAUCCCAAUUCGACGGGCCCCCGUCCACUCGUCCCAAGUCUGAAUCUAGGUUCGGGAAUCGCUUCGGCUGUAUGUGCCCACGAGACACAUACAUCGAGCAUAUCAGUGGCAACCGGGUAUGGGGACUUCUCAUGAAAUCAGGUCCGCUGAUAUCGAGGGGUGUCAUCUGA